UAUAAAACUUACAAGUGACAACCCAUCUUUAGCUGACUUUGAGGCUGCUGUGUAUUCAGCUAAUGAUAGUGAAGCAAAUGGCUAUGAACUUUUGAAGCUACUUAGAGGUCAUCACCAUCCUGUAUAUGGCCUACGUUUUACGGUUACCGAAAUUGUUUCCAACCUUCUGUUGUUUUCUGCGGGUUAUGAUGCAGUAAAGUUAUGGAGCACUGAGAAUUUUCAAUUAAUUGGAACAUUUCAAUCUUCAUCAAUGUAUUUCAGCAUUGAUGUAAGCAGUUGUUCUAGAUAUUUUGUGGUAGCUUCAAAAGAAAAGGUUGCUGAACUGUGGGACAUUGGACAUCCUAAAAGUCCAAUUAAAAUAUACAAGGGUCAUGAUAAGGCAGUCGAUCAUUGUCGCUUUCACCCUAACAACUUGUAUGUAGCCACAGCAUCAUCACUAGAUAAAACUGUGCGUUUGUUUCACACAGAUGAUGCUCAGCCAGUCAGAUUAUUUGUGGGACAUGAUUUUAAAAUAACUGCUAUAAAUUUUUCUGCUGAUGGCGAAGGCUUAUUAUCAGGUGAUAUGUCAGGACAGAUUUUUGUUUGGAAUGUUUCAAACGGAAGGAGAAUGGCAAUACUGCAUGAUCACAAGGAACGUGUUUUGUCUCUAUCAUGUGAUUCUACUGGCUCCUUACUAGCAUCUGUUGGUUAUGAUCGAUGCGUAAGAACAUAUGAUUAUAAAAAACUAACUGGAAAAUAUCAAAGAAAGAAGAAAAAAAGUAAAGAGGAAAGGUGCAAAUCUUCUCAACUAAGUGCCAUAAAGCUUACUACUUCACCAUAUUUUGUGAAGUAUUGUUCAUCAGAUCUGGUGGUUGUUGCAACACGUUUCUGAUUUAAAUGUGAUAUUUCAUUCAUCUUGUUCCUACUUCAGUUUUAUUUAUCAUA